CCUUUUCCUCCCCGCCCCUCCUCCCGGCUGUGGCGGUGCCGGCUGCCGGCACGGGGCUGGCGGGGCCGUUGCGCUCCGUGCCAGCUCCGUGCGUUUCCCCGCUGGGUUAUGCCCCGCUGCAGAAGCCGCAGCCGGGAGCGGGGCCGGUGAGCCCCGAGCGGCGGCUGCCGAGCGGGGAAAGGGGUGCGCGGCCGCUCCGCUGCGGGAGCGGAGGAUGAAGCGGAGGAUUUGGUGCCCGGGCACCGCCUGGGUGUGCUGCUGGCUGCUGGGCUGGCAGGCGGCCGCCCUCCAGCUGCCGCCCUGCGAAGAGACAGAUUACCACUUCGAGUACACGGAGUGUGACAGCAGUGGCUCCAGAUGGAGGGUGGCUGUCCCGAAUCCGUCGGCGGAGUGCUCUGGACUACCUGAUCCUGUGAAAGGGAAGGAAUGCACUUUCUCCUGUGCCUCUGGCGAGUACUUGGAGAUGAAGAACCAGGUGUGCAGCAAAUGUGCUGAGGGGACCUACUCGCUGGGCAGUGGGAUCAAGUUUGACGAGUGGGAUGAGCUGCCAGCAGGAUUCUCCAAUGUGGCAACGUUCAUGGACACAGCAGUAGGCUCAGUUGAGAAUAAAGCUGACAGCUGCAACAACUCUUCAUGGACACCACGAGGGAAUUACAUCGAGUCAAACAGGGAUGAUUGUACAGUUUCUCUCAUCUACGCCGUACACCUGAAGAAAUCCGGUUCUGUCUUCUUUGAAUACCAAUAUAUUGACAACAACAUCUUCUUUGAAUUUUUUAUACAGAAUGACCAGUGCAAAGAGAUGGAGUCUACAGCAGACAAGUGGGUGAAGCUGACAGACAAUGGGGAAUGGGGCUCUCAUUCUGUAACCUUGAAAUCAGGUAGUAAUAUACUAUACUGGAGAACGACAGGGAUUCUCAUGGGGUCCAAAGUGGUAAAACCAGUUCUGGUGAAAAACAUCACAAUUGAAGGAGUUGCAUAUACAUCUGAAUGCUUCCCAUGCAAGCCUGGUACCUACACCGACAAACCAGGUUCAUCUGGCUGCCAAGAGUGUCCAAGAAAUACUUAUUCUGAGAAAGGAGCUAAAGAGUGCACCAAGUGUAAAGAAGAAAUCUAUUAUGCAGAAGAGGGAUCCAGUGCGUGUAUAGAGCGUCCUCCGUGCACAAACAAAGACUUUUUCCAGAUCCACACCCCAUGUGAUAAAGAAGGAAAGACUCAGAUCAUGUACAAAUGGAUCGAACCCAAGAUCUGCAGAGAGGAUCUCCCUGAUGCAUUGACCCUACCUCCUUCUGGAGAAAGGAAGGAAUGUCCACCUUGCAAUCCUGGCUUUUACAGCAAUGCCUCAUCUUCCUGUACUCCUUGCCCACAGGGCACAUUUUCAGAUGGGACACAGGAGUGCAAAGCCUGCCCUGCAGGGACUGAACCCGCUCUUGGUUUUGAGUACAAGUGGUGGAACAUCCUACCGGGCAACAUGAAGACUUCUUGCUUUAAUGUUGGCAACUCAAAGUGCGAUGGGAUGAAUGGCUGGGAGGUGGCUGGUGACCACAUCCAGAGUGGAGCUGGAGGCUCUGACAAUGACUAUCUUAUCUUGAAUUUGCACAUCCCAGGAUUUAAACCUCCGACAUCAGUGACAGGAGCUACUGGGUCAGAACUAGGACGGAUUACUUUUGUUUUUGAGACCAUCUGUUCAGCAGAUUGUGUGCUGUACUUUAUGGCGGAUAUUAAUCGAAAAAAUACUAAUGUGGUAGAAUCGUGGGAAAGAAGUAAAGAGAAGCAAUCCUACACUCACAUCAUCUCCAAAAAUGCUUCCUUCACAUUUACCUGGGCCUUUCAGAGAAUAAACGAGGGCCAAGAUAGCAGGCAGUUCAUCAAUGAUGUGGCAAAGAUCUACUCCAUCACAGUGACUAACGCGGUGGAUGGAGUCGCCUCCUCUUGCCGGGCCUGUGCGCUGGGCUCUGAGCAGUCUGGCUCAUCCUGUGUGCCCUGCCCAGUGGGACACUACAUCGAGAAGGAGACCAGCCAAUGCAAGGAGUGUCCAGACAACACCUUCCUGUCCAUCCACCAGGUCUACGGCAGGGAGGCCUGCAUCCCGUGUGGGCCUGGCAGCAAGAGCACCAAGGACCACUCUGCCUGCUUCAGUGACUGCUUGGUGACAUACGUCAAGGAUAACCAGACCCUGAGUUAUGAUUUUAGCAACCUCAGCCAGGUGGGCUCCUUAAUGAGUGGGCCGAGCUUCACUUCCCGUGGGACCAAGUUCUUCCACUUCUUUAACAUCAGCCUGUGUGGGAAUGAGGGUAAAAAGAUGGCUAUUUGCACUGACAAUAUCACAGAUGUUACCCUGAAGGACAUGGUUGCAGAAUCAGAAGAUUUUUCCAACUUUGUGGGAGCUUUUGUCUGUCAGUCCACCAUCAUCCCAUCUGACAGCAAGGGUUUCCGAACAGCCCUGGCUCUUCAGUCCAAUAGCCUUGCUGACAGGUUCUUAGGAGCUACUGUUGAAACAACGCUGGAAAAUAUCAGUGUCAAGACAGACACACUCCCUCCCUCUCCAAGCAAAGUACCUGAUGUGCAUUUCUUUUACAAGUCUUCAACAGCGACAACCUCUUGUGAAGAUGGUCGUGCAACUGUUGUGACAAUGAGAUGCAACCCCAACAAACCAGAUCAAGGAGAGCUUUCUGUGCCCAGCUCAUGCCCUGCUGGCACUUGUGAUGGAUGCACUUUCUACUUUGUAUGGGAAAGUGCAGAAGCUUGCCCUCUGUGCACAGAGCAAGACUACCAUGAGAUUGAGGGAGCCUGCAAAAAAGGAUUUCAGGAAACCUUGUAUGUAUGGAAUGAACCGAAGCAUUGCAUUAAAGGGGUUCCCUUGCCAGAGAAAAGGACCAGCACUUGUGAAACAGUGGAUUUUUGGCUAAAGGUUGGAGCUGGUGUUGGUGCUUUCACUGCUGUUCUGCUGAUAGCCUUGACCUGCUAUUUUUGGAAGAAGAACCAGAAGCUGGAGUAUAAAUAUUCCAAAUUAGUGAUGACAGCGAACUCAAAAGAGUGUGAGCUGCCAGCUGCUGACAGUUGUGCUAUAAUGGAGGGAGAAGAUAAUGAAGAAGAAAUAGUGUAUUCAAAUAAGCAGUCGCUGCUGGGGAAGCUCAAGUCCUUGGCAACAAAGGAAAAAGAAGAUCACUUUGAAUCUGUUCAGCUGAAAUCUUCAAGAUCCCAGAAUAUAUGAAGAAUUAAUGCUGCCUUCAAAGAAACAAACCUGAUUUCUAUUUUUACAGGACCAUAUUUUAAACAUACUCUGGCACACAUUGCAGUAGUGAUCUCGGUCAGAAAUGCUCAGCCAUUUAGGAAGAAAGAAGACAGGAAGCAAACCAGAAAAUUGGAUUGCCUUAUCAUGUGAUUGAGUACCUUGCCAAAAAAAAAAAACAAACCCAAACAGAUGCUUGGAUUCCAUACUGGGAAUGAAAUUCAACUCAGGAAGAGAUAUACAUACUGCAAAUAACAUUGUUUUUCUGCAUUCACCUGGGCAUUGCUCAGGCAUGCCGUGUGAUUUAUAGGUACCUUUCAUUUCCUAUCUCUCCUUCUACACAUAUUCAUAAGAAAUGAUUUUCAGAGAGGCCUGAAUCCUCCUGCAAAGGCUGUGUGUAGUCCCUUAGUAGCAUACCUGUGAGUUCUCUUAAAAUCAAAAUUGUGAAUGGUACGGGUUACAAGCUUCAGGUGAGUUCUGAACUUAAGAGAAUGCUUUUGAUUUUAAUGGUUUGGAGGGCUUGGUGGUCUGCCCUUGGCAUCUAAUGCAAGAGGCAUGGUUCUGCACCUGUAAGUUGAACCCUUUCUGUUGCCUAGUUCAUGGCAAUCAGGGCUGAAGUAAAAACUGAUGUUACUGAGUUUAAAUGUGCUAACUGCUGCUGUAUAAAUUGCAGAUCUGGGCCCAUGAUUUUAUAGGCAGUGGUAAGGUCAAGCUCUUUGAAGACAGGGAAAGUGAUAGCUACAGUGCAAUUUGCACUCAGCGCUCUCUGUGGAAGCUUGUCCUUUCAAGAGAGGUUGUUGGCAGUUUCACUCCCCUCCCUUGGGCUGCCAAUAUGUCACCUUCCCCUCGAGUGCAAGCCAGCAAAACCUGAACUGUGGAAAUAAAGUGUGAAAUCCCCACUUUUGGAGAUCAGAGAUCAGCUUUAUCAGCUGAUAGACUUAUUAGAAGCACUCAGCUGCAUCUGUUCCUGGCCCCAGGCAAGGAACAAGGAUGAAUGCCCAGGGGAGCUGAGUGUGGUUGUGCUCUUAGGCAGCUCAGCAUCUAAAUGUUUCCUACUGUCAGUGCAAGUAACUGCUUUGAAAUGAGGGCACAAAGUGGUUCCUUGAGAACUGGAAGCUAGAUGGACUUCUUCAUGAAAUCAGCCACUUUGUAAGCAUGAGUUCUUCAUAAAGCCCACCCCGAUCAUGUCCUGGAAUUCUCACUGAAGUCAAACUCAAAGGAGUCUGAAACUUAGGCAAAAAAUAUUUAUGAAAAAAUAUGCAAGGCUUGUAUAGAGCCAGGAGAAAAUGAGGAACCAAUUUUAUCCUGACCUCUGGUCAGACUCGUAUUUCCGCUGCAGUAAAAUUAUGUGAAUUGUGGAAUGCAUCAAAGCCAGAAGAGACACAUGGGCAGGAAUGGUCUUUUUAUUAUAAGGAAUAUAGAUUUUUUGGUUUUAUAUGACUGAGCUAUAUCUAUAAAAGAGGGCCCACUUUUAAGUAAAAUUUAAAAUAGAUUGAAUUUUCUGCACUCUAAAUACUUUAUUAUACUACACACGUGGAGAAAAAUUUUAUGAAGUUUAGAUUUUUUCUUUAUUUAGGGAAAAUUCAGCUCAGUUAUUUUAUAUCUCCUGUCAUGGAACACAGGCUUUGCUCUUUUGAUGGGAGAUACUUCAGGCAUCUUUGCAGAAGUGGUGUACAUUUUUUGUUCUUCUUGAAAAGGCACUUCACUUUCCCAACAAAGAUUUUUAUGGGGUAUUGUUGAAUGUAUAUUAAAUACGCAUUCUUUUUUGUAUAUUUUGUACCAUGGCACACUUAUUAUUGUACAUUGUAUUUGUCGUCAUGAUGUCAUUUAUAUAUGGUUGUCAAAGAUUAUAUGCUCAUGGAGUAAUUGGCUAUGGCUUUGGGAUUUCACUUCUUGGAUCUUUUAUGAAAAGGGUUUUUAUGUUGUUGGUUUUUAUGCAACUGGUGUGCUGUAGCAUCAAAGAUAUAUAUCUGAUGGGCAUUCAUAAAAUAAAGUGAAAAUAUAUUUGAAA